UUAAUAAUAUUAUUUACAAAAUUAUAACUAAUUACAUUUAAUAAUUUCUUUUCUUAGCAUUAAAGUAAUAUCAAGUGUAAUAUACAACGUAUUAGUCGUAUUAGUAAUUAUUGGCAAUAAUCGGAUAUUAGAUAUAUUUGUUCAUUAUAUUAUGUUUAUAUAGUUAAUUGUCGCAAGACUCCAUUAUACUUUAUUAUUAUACAUUUUGGGUUCACCGAUCUUAGGAUUUCAAACUGUGCUAAUAGUUCAUAAAAAUGACUGAAGAAGUUGAAAAUGGCAAUUCCAAGACGAUUGAAGUAAAAAAUUUAGUAAAAAAUGCCACCGAUUUACAACGUUUGAAACUCGAAAGACUCAUGAAAAAUCCUGAUAAACCUGUAUAUAUACCUGAGCCACGAUCUGACAAAAAAUCCCCACAUGUCCCCGAAUUUGUAAGAAAUGUUAUGGGAUCAAGUGCUGGAGCUGGUAGUGGAGAAUUUCAUGUUUAUCGGCAUUUAAGACGUAAAGAAUAUGCUAGACAAAAACAUAUUCAAAUAAAAGCAGAAAAAGAACUUUUGGAAGAAGCGUAUCGUCAAAAAAUAUUAGAAAAUAAACAAAUGGCUGAAGAACGUACAGCUAAGAAAAGAGCAAAGAGAUUAAAGAGAAAAAAGGUUUUAAGAGAAAAAUGUAAGAUGUCUAAAAAGAAUAAUACUGCAAACAGUAUUAAUGAAAAUGAUUCUACUAGUGAUGAUGAUGAUAAUGAUGAUCAAAAUACAACUGAAGCGUAA